AAGGAGAGGUAGGUCUCUGCCACUGCUGCCGCCCGUUCCCAGGAGGAGGAGGAUGCAGCACGGAGCCUGGCCCUGAGCUAUGGAAGGAGUCCUGUACAAGUGGACCAAUUACCUGACAGGUUGGCAACCUCGCUGGUUUGUUUUAGACAAUGGGAUAUUGUCCUACUAUGAUUCACAGGAUGAUGUUUGCAAAGGCAGUAAAGGAAGUAUAAAGAUGGCAGUGUGUGAAAUUAAAGUUCAUUCAACAGAUAACACAAGAAUGGAGUUGAUAAUCCCAGGGGAACAGCACUUCUAUAUGAAAGCAGUCAAUGCGGCUGAGAGGCAGAGAUGGCUAGUAGCGCUGGGUAGUUCUAAAGCCUGUUUGACAGACACCAGAACAAAAAAAGAAAAAGAAAUAAGUGAAACCAAUGAAUCUCUUAAAACCAAAAUGUCCGAACUUCGACUCUACUGUGAUCUUUUAAUGCAGCAAGUUCAUACAAUACAAGAAUUUGUUCACCGUGAUGAGACUCGCUCAUCUCCCAGCAUUGAGAACAUGAACGAAGCCUCCUCGUUGCUCAGUGCCACAUGUAACACGUUUAUUACAACACUUGAAGAAUGUGUGAAGAUAGCGAAUGCCAAGUUUAAACCAGAGAUGUUUCAGCUGCCUCAUCCUGAUCCCUUAUUUUCUCCUGUGUCACCUUCACCUGUUCAAAUGAUGAAACGCUCCAUUAGCCAUCCUGGUACGUACAGUUCAGAGAGUACUCAUGCCACAAAAGAACCGAUUUCUUCACUCCAUCGAUUAUCCCAGCAACGCAGAAGAACAUACUCCGAUACAGAAUCCUAUAAUGUUAUUCCUCUUGAAGACACAGAGAGAUCUGCUCACUGUUCCAGAAGUGCUCUCAAUGGACACUUGGCACCAUCAACCAUUCCUGAAGAAAACAGAUCAGUUACAAAGAAAAGAUCUGAAUUGGAAGAGACUCUUCCAUCCUCUUCUUCCUGAAGAAACUGAAGUAUUCAACUUUCUAUAAGUAAUGCUAUGCAAAAGCUGCUGUAAUUAUAUUAUUGUUAUAGGGAGUAGUGAUUUCCUUUUUAGGAGGAUUUUUUCUGCACUUUAUAGAAUAAUGUAAAAACUAACUUUAAAGUGUAUUUUAUCUUUAUAUAGUUUGUUUGCAAGAAUAUUUUCCUAAUGACUUCACAGUUUAAAUGUGUAUAUAUUUUGGAACAAAUGAUGGCUUAACCAGAUAGGCAUCUGCUUUUGAAAGUGUAGUUCUUUUUAAAAAAGCACGAUGGUCUGAUAGUUUGAUAAGCCUGCAGAUUUUAAAUCUUGAAGAAUGUUUCAGAUUUGGGGGUGGGAGAAAAAGAGGGAAUGUAACUUGUGCCAUGGGCCAGCUGGUUAUUUGUACAAAGUUAGGACUCAGUCUUGCAGUCCUUGUGCACUCACUUCUCUUCAGAUGAGAAUUUUUCUUGUUUAAGAACUAAGGGAUUGAGUCCCUAGGGGGUUACCAUAGCAGCUUGAUGGUAAUUUUAAUAUUGCCUUCCUUUAAAAACACAAGGAUAUAUGUGAUCUGGUCCUUAUUUUUAGCCAAUUGAAAAUAGAAAUGUCAAGUGUAUUUUUCUAAACAAAUGUGUAAAAAUUAAUUUAUCGGAAUAUGAAGCAUUUGUACCAAAUAUUGGGUAUUUAACAAUUUUUAUUUAUUUAUUUUUUUGCAUAUAAAUUUCUACUUACUUUGGUUACUAAAGAUCUCCAGGCUUCAAGAUGUACACACAUUGUUGGUGUGGUGUGUAGCAUCACUAACUGGUGAAUGCAGCAUGGUGUAGAUCUACUCUGCUCACUUCAACAGAGACAUAUUUUUAACAAAGUAUUAUUUUAAUGUUUGCUUCUCAAAUAGACCGUUAAGCUGCUGUUGUAAGGUAUAAAUAUUUGUAUCUCUACAUACUUUAUUUGAGGUAUUUAUACAAAGGGAGACGUUUCUGUUUAUUAUGACUCCUAUUUUAUCACUUCACUAUGGCAUAACUGUAGAGCUAGAACAGGGCUGGGCAGUAAGUGGAACCGUAGGCAGGAUGCAGUUCACCAGGUUAGCCUCCUUUUAAUUUGCCACGUACCUUGUCUGAUGGAUCUUAAUCUGGUGCAUGUUAGCAUUUUGUACUUGUGUAGGCACAAGAAUGUGAAUUUACAACCCAGUGGAAGCUCUCCUUUUAAAUGUCUUGUUUAAAUUUUCAUAAAUAUGAUGAUUAAUUACAUACCUAGGCUCUCAUCCUGCCAAUGCUUAGGUGCAACACAUUGACUAAACUACCCACAUGUGUAAGUAUAACUGUUUGCAGGAUUAGAACCUUAAUUUGUGCUCAAAUUACCAAUUGAAUGUAAUUAGUCAUUUGCACACACAGAGUAGGCAGUAAAGUGCAUUUUUCUGAGAAUUUUGGCUUUAAUGUAUGCUGUUUAUACCUCCACUUUCUUGUAAAUUGUAAAAAAACAAGUAUUAAAAAAAAUGAAAUUA